CUGCAGAGGGCGGGGUUUGUGAAUAAGGUGUGUGUGAGAGGUCACGGGAAGGAAGCGGCUCUCCCAAUAGCCAGUGACGUCCCCGGUUCCCAGGCCGCCCUCUCCCGCCUCUCCUCCCCCGGGACCCCGACACAGCCAGAACCACCGCCGCCACCAUGUCCUCCGGAGGAGACUUCGGUAACCCGCUCAGGAAAUUCAAGCUGGUCUUCCUGGGAGAGCAAAGCGUUGGAAAAACAUCUUUAAUCACAAGGUUCAUGUAUGACAGCUUCGACAACACCUACCAGGCAACAAUUGGUAUUGACUUCUUAUCAAAAACAAUGUACCUAGAAGACCGAACAAUCAGAUUGCAACUCUGGGACACGGCGGGGCAGGAACGAUUCCGCAGCCUCAUCCCCAGUUACAUCCGUGACUCUGCAGCCGCCGUAGUAGUUUACGAUAUCACAAACGUGAACUCAUUCCAACAAACGACAAAGUGGAUUGAUGAUGUCAGGACGGAGCGGGGGAGUGAUGUCAUCAUCAUGCUGGUGGGAAAUAAAACAGACCUUGCUGAUAAGAGGCAAGUGUCCAUUGAGGAGGGGGAGAGGAAAGCCAAGGAGCUGAGUGUAAUGUUUAUCGAAACCAGCGCUAAAGCCGGAUAUAAUGUAAAACAGCUUUUCAGACGUGUGGCAGCGGCGCUGCCCGGCAUGGAAAGUUCACAGGACAAGAGCAGAGAAGACAUGAUCGACAUCAAACUGGAAAAGCCCCAAGAAGCCCCCGUCAGCGAAGGCGGCUGUUCCUGUUAAUACAACCCCUCCCCAUCUCCCAGAAUCCUUCAUGGCCUCUUCGCCCCCCCCCCCCCCAUUCAGAAUGUCACUACACACCCCCCCGACCCCCCAUUUUUCAACCGCAGUGUGAAUAUCGGCGCGCCCUCCUCACCUGUCCAUCGCUGGCUGUCUUCUGGUGACUCUACGAACAAUUUUGCUGCACAGGCUCAUCUAAUAUAUAUAAAUAUAUAUACAGUGUCUUCAUUAUUUAAAUGAAACUCAAAUGGUGUCACGAAAAAAUAAAUACUGCCUGUUAUUGUCCUGUAUGAAAGCCACAGUUCACAUCUGCUGAGGAGAGUUCCGGCAUCCUAGGAGGAUCCCGAGUAUCUCUGCAUCGCAGUAAAGAGAUUGUACAGUCAUUCUAGUGCAUGGGUGUAUGUACCAAGCGUGACCACAGGCUCCACAUAUGGAGUAACCCUUUUAAAGUUUGUCCGUUUCUUUUGUGGCAGCCAUUUUGAACGCUUGUCUCCUGGCCGCAGGGAUCUCUUCUCUCAGGAGUUGCCAGUUAGGCUAAAACGGAGACAUUGCUCUCGUAGUAAUCACCGUUUUUGUAAGCAACCUCGUCUGUUCUUCAUGUACUGGGUUUUUAUAUUUAGUGUUGCAGUGUACAAAACGGCUGCCACCAGAUGCUGGCCUUUGCCUACUAUUGGGGGGUGGCGGGUGGGUGAAUAAAAGCAUUAUUUAAUCGAUGGUUAUGCUCGGUCCUGUUUUAUAACGCAGCACGUUCCCGUUUACAAAGGUGUGAACUGCUGCUUUAAAUAGUUUAAUCCUUUUAUUAACAAUUUUCAUUUUUUUUUUUUUUUUUUAUUAUUAAAUAAAGUUAAAUAUAUUGCACUUUAGAGUGUCACAGAGGAAAAUCACAAACAAAAAAUCUGCAGUGCGAUGGCAUAGUUGAGUACCGCGUGAUGCACAGCGGCAUGCGACAAUGAGAGCCACUCAAUUUUGCUUUUUUUGCGGUGGUGACCGUAGCGGGGCGAGUUUGGCUGGAAAGCGGCAAUGGGGCUGUAGAGACGAGUUCCUGGAUCUCUCUGCAACUUGACAAAGUUAUGGUGAACAAUGGGCCUUCUAGUUUGUUUUCUGUCCAUCGCACAUGAUGCCAAUAAAGGAAUGAUUUCUCUCUUGGUUAUAA